UCUGUAUAGUAUAAACUGUAGCUCCCAUAGUUCUUUAGGACCGAAGUUUUUGUACCGGAAGGUUCGCCCAUAAUGGACUGAAUCCGAGAUAUAUUUUCACAGUUUGUGGAAUUAAAACACGUACUCAAAAAACUAACUAUGUAUAAUUCACAGGAUAUUUCGCCGAGUUAAAGCUGUUUGGCUGAAGAAUGGACCUUGGACUGAACACCAUUAAGCAGUAAGGAGUUGGACUUUCAAAGCACAAAAUGGAUGGCCACUGUGAUGCCUGCUCCUGAGAGGUGCAUGUCAGCUUCUGAAGUAUCCCCGUCUAGCAGCUCCAAUCUGGCUUCUCCUGUCCAUGCAGCUGCCAUCAAUGGAGAUAAAGCAUCUCUCCACAAACUUAUUGCUGGUAAUCCAGCACUACGGGAUGCUAUGGACCAUUUUGGCCGGACGCCACUCAUGUAUUGUGUGCUUGCAGAUAGGCUGGACUGUGCCGAGACUCUCCUGAAGGCUGGAGCUGACGUUAACAAGGCCGACCAUAGCUGCAGGACCGCUUUGCACCUUGCAGCGCAGAAAGGAAAUUACCGGUUUAUGAAGUUGCUGUUGGUACGGAGAGCAAACUGGAUGCAGAAGGACCUCGAGGAGAUGACUCCUCUGCACCUUGCUACAAAGCACAAGAGUCCCAAAUGCUUAUCCCUGUUGCUGAAGUGCAUGGCCCCUGGAGAGGUGGACACUCAGGACAAAAACAAACAAACUGCCCUCCACUGGAGCGCCUACUUCAACAACCCUGAACAUGUCAAGUUGCUCAUCAAGCAUGACUCUAACAUUGGAAUUCCUGACAUCGAGGGCAAGAUACCGCUGCAUUGGGCAGCUAACAAUAAGGACCCUAGAGCAACACAUACCGUCAAAUGUAUUCUGGAAGCAGCUCCCACGGAGUCUUUGCUCAACUGGCAGGAUUAUGAGGGUCGGACUCCUCUUCACUUUGCUGUGGCGGAUGGUAAUGAGGCUGUGGUGGAUGUCUUGACCUCCUAUGAGGGCUGCAAUGUAACAUCUUAUGACAACCUCUUUCGGACUCCACUGCACUGGGCAGCUCUUCUGGGUCACGCCAAAAUUGUACACCUUUUGUUGGAGAGGAACAGGCCAGGCACAAUUCCUUCUGAUAGUCAGGGAGCCACUCCUCUGCAUUACGCUGCACAGAGUAACUUUUCGGAAACAGUAAAGGUGUUCCUGGAGCACCCAACUGUCAAAGAUGACCCCGACUUAGAGGGCAGAACAGCCUUCAUGUGGGCAGCUGGGAAGGGAAGCGAUGAUGUCAUCCGUGUCAUGCUCAGCUUAAAGCCAGAUUUGGACAUCAACAUGGCCGACAAGUAUGGCGGAACUGCGCUGCAUGCAGCAGCUCUGUCAGGUCACGUCAGCACAGUCCAGCUGCUCCGGGAAAAUGGCGCUCAGGUCGACGCGACGGAUGUGAUGAAACACACACCACUGUUCCGUGCAUGUGAGAUGGGCCACAAGGAGGUUAUCCAGACUUUGAUCAAAGGUGAGGCACGUGUGGACCUAGUUGACCAAGAUGGUCACUCUCCUCUACACUGGGCAGCCUUGGGAGGCAAUGCUGAUGUCUGCCAGAUAUUAAUUGAGAAUGGUAUUAACCCCAAUGUGCAGGACCUAGCAGGAAGGACACCUCUGCAGUGUGCUGCUUAUGGAGGCUACAUAAACUGUAUGGCAGUGCUUAUGGAAAAUAAAGCCGAUCCCAAUAUCCAGGACAAAGAGGGGAAGACGGCAUUGCACUGGUCUUGUAACAACGGCUAUCUCGAUGCUGUCAAGCUCCUCCUGGGAUACAAUGCUUUCCCCAAUCAGAUGGAAAGCAAUGAAGAAAGGUACACCCCUCUGGACUACGCUCUCCUCGGGGAGCACCAUGAGGUGAUCCAGUUCAUGCUGGAGCAUGGAGCUCUCUCUAUUGCCGCCAUACAGGACAUUGCUGCUUUCAAGAUCCAAGCCAUAUACAAGGGCUAUAAGGUGCGCAAAGCCUUCCAGGAACGCAAGAAGCUCCUGAUGAAACAUGAGCAACUGCGCAAGGAUGCUGCAAAGAAAAAAGAAGAAAGCAAGAGAAAAGAGGCCGAUCAGCAGUGUGCAAAAGUGAGGUCACAGACCCCAUUGUCUUCAGGAAACCAUCUGUCCCAAAGCCUUUCUCAAACAGGUGGUGAUAGGGGCUGCAAAAGCGCAACUCUAAUCAACAGCGAUAAACCUCUGAAAGCUCGGCCUCCAUCAAACAGUGAGAGACGCUCAAAAUCCCAGUGCCAACCCAAUAGCAAGAGAGUUUGUGAGACUCUGUCUCCGGUGCACAACGAGGGCAGUCCACGAUUCCCGCCUAGACCCAACAGUGAGAGGCGCAUAGAAACUCUGUGCCAACCAGGCAAUGAACAGCAUUCAAAGUCUACAGCUGGAGUGAAUGAAAGGCCUCAGAAAACCCACUCCUCGUCCAUCGGUAACCUCCCACCAAAAUUGCCCUCACUGUCCCAGAGUGACAGACCUAGCAAAACACCAGGUCUUCCCAAGAAUGAGCAGAAGCUGAAAGCCACAUCACCACUAGAUGAUGAAAGCCAAGUGAAGGAGUCAUUGUUGCCUGAGGACAGGUUGAGUAUGGCAGUGAAAAGUGGGCAUGUGAGGGACAGCAACGGCAUGCUGCAUGGCUGCAGUAAGACAUCAGAGGUCAAGAAACCAUCCUUGAGCAGGCUUGAGAGAAGCCAUCCAGCUCCUGUACAGAACAAAGAGUCCAAAAGAGGCAAACACAAGAGUCCAGAAUAUCAAGCGGUUCACAGUGACAUCAUUUGCCCCACAUCUUCCUGUUCAGCUUCAUCACGUUCCCAAAAAGUCACCAGUCAUCCCUCACUACUGCCUGAAAGAACAGCACACCAUGAGAACAUUGAUAGAAAAGGGAGAGAAACAUCUGGUCCCCCAGGAUACUACAGAAGCCCAAGGUCAUCGAGUGAACCAGGGUCACUUAGGGAGGGUGUUAAAGGCUUGAAUAUGGGGCGCCAUUCACCUGCGGGCUCCAGCAGACCAGGGAGUGCCAAAGUACCUGCCAACAUGUACUGCCGUGCCAAUGAGCCAUCAGCCUCCCGAUCCCCAGUUCCAAGGAGUCAAACCCCAGUAUUGUGUUCUGCACGUCAUGCGAACACAGUGGAAUCAGAAGACCACUCCUUACCCAGAGACCACAGUGCUGCUGCCCUAUUGCCUUGGCAGAACUCAAGCAUUGAACUGGUUCCUCUGGAAGUCAGGUUGCAAGUUGUUGAAAAAGAGCGGGCCCGGAAGGGGCUGUUCAGGAAGAAGAAUCAAGCAGCUGCCACCAUCCAAAGGUCAUGGAGAAGGUACUGCCUGCGUAAGCAGCUAAAUGACGUAAUUGCCAGGAGAUGCACAAGUGGGCCAGAGAUGGCACAGUGGAACAGGGACAUGAGGGCCUUUAUCAUUAAGCUACUCUGGAACCGGCAACCAGAUGUUCGUGUGCUGCUGUCCCCAUCCUCCUCCUCCUCCAUUCAUGUGAAGCUGCCCAACAGGGCACUCUCUGCUAAAACUACACGGCCUGGCAACUACUCCGCUCUCCAGACUAUUUAUGGUAGCUCUCAGGGCCGAAAAAACAAAAUAACCACAAAUGGCAGUCUGAGUUCAGGAAGCCACUCUCAGCUUCUGCUGGACUUGUCAUCCUUGAGCUCUGUACCACCUUUGCAAUUGUUGGAAAACCUUGGCAGAUCAAAACAGUUCUCUUAUCAUAUGAGGCCCCGGACAUGCGAUAGAAGCAGAAAAACAAAUCCUAAAGAGUGAAUGAAAAUUCAGAAAAAAACAGCGUGAUCUCAUCACAUUUCAUCAGUGUGAGUGCACUCCAGUGUUAGCCAUGAAUGGUGCUUCUUUCACCUGCUCCAUAUGAUGCCAAAUAUGUUGCAGUUACUCAGAACUCUGCCUGUCCUGGAUUUUUUUUUCUUUGAGAGGGCAGACAUUUCCAGAGCAGGAAAAGAGGCAGAAACAUUUCAUUGGCCCUGUUGUAUAGGGUGACUAAAAGAAGAAGCAUUACAAAACACUACAGGACUGUUUUAAACAGGUACAAGUAUGCAUCUUCUCCGCAUGUGCCGUACUUUCUUCCCAAAUCCAGUAUCAAGUGGCCUCUGGUUGGCCUAUCCUAUUGCUAUGCAAAUUUGAUGGGGUCAAGAGACCAAAACUGGGUGGUACACCCACUGGUUUCAGAAAAGAAUGAUACCAAAGCUGCCUUCUUGAGCUUUAAUUAUAAGUAUUCUGCAGUUCUUGUCAAAUUUUUAUAUAACAAAAACAUUUAAUAAUAGCUUUUAUUUUUGUGCUGUUACAGUAACUAGCUUUUUUUGGAUAACUACAUUAGUGUAGCCAUGAAAGCCAGGAUUUUACCUCAUGCAUAAAUGCAUUUUAAAGUAUAUGCUAAAAAAAAAAAUGAAAGAACCAAAUAGAGGCUGGAUUGCUGAUUUUGUUUUUUUUUAUGUAGCCCAUGUAACUGGCCUGAUACAGCACUCUUUAAACUCUUUGCUGUUUAACAGAUUGGGUCAGUUGCUGUGUACCCAAGAUAUUAUUACCGUGCUAGCAGUAGACCAAGACUGGACUACAUAGAUGAUCCUAUGGUCUAAGUGCUGUCUCGGUGGACAGCAGAACAAGAUCAGUACCAAGCUUAACUAAUUCACUGCUAGACUUGUUUUGGCUUUGCAUUUUUCCUCAGUUGAUCAGUUGUCAGUUGACUGCCCUUUAAUGCAAGUGCGCCAACAAUGUGCCAUCAUGCAUUCCUCUCGAUUUAAAUGGAACAGAGCAAAGGGAAAAAUUGCAUCCUCAUGUAAACUUAAUAAAAAAAAAAUAAUUGAAAUUGUUAAGCUAAGUUAGAUUGAAAUGAGUGCUGCUGUCAUUAUUGUAAACGUUAUUUACUUUGAAAAGGCUCUGAGAUUCCUAUAUGAAAAGUAAUGAUGACAAAAGGAUUAGUAGAAUCAUAUCUGAAACAUAAUUCUCUCCCUCUAACAAAUUUGCCAAUUAUUUACAUUAUAGAGAACAGUUUAUAUUUAUCAUUCAUUAUGUGCAACAAAACAUAGUCUUAGUCUUGAUCUGGUGCUAGUCUGCAGCUCUGGGGCACAUUCCAACAGCACUAAGCUCGAAAGUUAGUACGUCUUUACGGUACCAAGACUAAGACCAGGUCAGUACAGGACCAUCGCAAGCAGAUAGCACAAUGCAGCUAACCCUUCAAAUUCACUUUAUUUGUUCAUUCCAUCAAGAGCACACCUUCAGCGUGGCUGGUCAACAUACUGAAGAUAAACCAGACUGGGACUGUUGGUAAGCGGUGCGCUAGCGUGUACAUUCGAUGUCACGCAGCGUUCUUACCCAGACACCCUCUCCUGUUACUCCUUAUCUCGGCAUUAUCGUAAACUGUUUAUGCUGUGGAAAGAGGAGCUCACAAACUAGGUCUUGGAGAACCUCUGUGUGGUACCAGCCUCUUUAAGUAAUUAAAUGUGAGGAGUGUUGUUUACAGAUUUCCUCACUAGAACAUACGUACAUACAAAUUGGAUGCAGCAUUGUAUUAUUGCUUGCCUUAAACUCAUUUCAUUAUGAGAAUUAUCUGGCGACCAUUUAUUUACUAAAGUUCUUCUAAAGGGGAGCUGCUUGUUUAAUUCUAGCCUUCCUUAUGUGCUCAAUAGGGAAAAUAUAAGUAAGAAAUCUUGAGAGAAGCUCUGGAGAACUAAUCUACCCACAUCAUAAAUUUAAACAAAAAAAGCUUGUUCUGUUUCUUAGAGCGGCCCUUCAAGGGAAAAAUCACUUUACAGCAAAUACUGUUUGAUUAUUCAUUCAAAGUAGGAGUGAAAUUCCAGGUAGAGAUUACCCCACACAUAAUGUAUCAGUCAUCAUCAGAACCAGGAGGACACUAUGACAAAGUUGUGUUCUGCAGCUGCAUUUUCAAGAAGACAAAAUAAAUAUCACGAAUUGAUUUACUCUUUAUCAAAAAGUAAUUUGUCAUAGUUGCCUUGUCUACCUUGCCUAUAAUUUUUUUUUUGUAUAUUUGAUUGUUUUGCUGCUGCUGUUCCUAGGAAUUUUUUGUAUCAUUUACAUCAGAAAUAAAAGUAGAUGUCAGGAUGGUAACUGUGCAUGUAUUUAUAUUUGUUACUAUUUAUUAUGAAUAAAUAUUGAAGAAAUAA